CUCCGAAGUCUCCAGAUGCCAAAACCGAUGAUGCAAGUCGACGCAACAAAAGCACUUGAGUCUUGUUGCCGGCCCAGGCACUGAUACUUGAACCCAAAUGUUUUGAUAUUUCGUUCACCAGCACUUCUCCUACAUCUACGCCCGUUGCCAUCUCUGCUUGCAUCAAAGGCAUUGUGGUUCAACUCAGACACCUCAUAAGUUGGAUUAGUUCAUCUUCGAGCUCAUUGCCGCUCUUUCCUUGUCCCAUCUCUCCACCGACCCAACAACCAAACUUGCGUCUUCGCCUUCUGAUCACUUUCCCACACUCGCCCUUCUGCAAGGCCUCGAAAACAUGGCGACCACGACAGAAACCUCACCGUUACUGCCGCAACAUAAUCCCAAUCCCAACCUCGGCCCAACCUCUCCCGGCGGUACUUCUCCAUCUCGACCGGGUCUAACCAAAUCACGUACCGUCACCUUCAACCCCUUGACAUCCGUCAGUACUCAGUCUGGAGCCACAUCCUCUGGUUCUCUUCGACCGAUGCAAAGUCCCUCGGCCGCUUUUGGAGGUCCCAAUGCUCCAGGCCGCGAGCAACAGCCGAUGCUAAGUGCCCUCAACUCGAAACUACGCCGACGAAAUAGCCACGGUGCGCCCUUGCCUACCACCCAAACAUUCACGACCGCUCCACGAGCUGGUGCUCAAAGAACCACAAAAAAUACAGAAAAAUUGAAGAUCCUGCCCACUCCUGAGCUCGAUGAUGAGGACCAAGAUGAGGAGAGCGGUCGAGAUGUAUAUUCACAAUUCACAAGAAUCAAGGAUCCCACGGCCAGAAGAGAUGCGGCACGGUUGGGCAAAGCAGACAGAGAUCGCCUACCUCGAGUGACGGCCUAUUGUAUGUCUCAGGGUUACCGACUUGACGGAGUUAUGAAGUUUCUCAAAUCUCGCGCGAGAACGAGAGGCGCCAAUCCCAAGUUAUUUGACGAAUGCAUCUACAGUCCCUACGACUAUGAGUAUCUCAAGAAGAAGGAGAUCAACAAGAUCGACAGCAGGAGUUCAAGUCCUGUACAGGAAAGAUUGGCGCGUGUCAUGGCUAGCCCGAGGUUAAAUCCUGGCGAGAGGCGAUACUCGGACAGUGCUGUUGAGGUCGAGGACAAUCGGAAGCAUCGGAGAGAUGAUUUGAUCGACCUACAAGACGAGUUGGGAAAUCCUAGUAUACCGACUGAUGUUGAAAUUGCCAUCGCCGAAACCCAUUCUUCCACCGACCUAAGACAUGCCGACACCGACGAGCUCGCGCAACCCAACGACGAUUCCGUGUCAACUUAUGUUCAUAUCCCGGAGAUCUUCAUUUUCGACUACGGUACCGUCGUCAUAUGGGGCAUGACCGUCCAACAAGAAACGAGGUUUCUCAGUGACAUGGCCAAAUUCAUCGAAGCACCAUUGCCAGCCGAAAGUGUCCAAACAGAAAAUUUCAACUUCUAUUACACGAAGGACUACCAAGCACGCAUCUACAAUGAUUUCAUCAGUCUCCGUGACCCGCGAAAUCACAUGACGAAACUGGCCAUCAGUCACGCACUGUCUCAGAGUGUGAAAACCAGUCUCUUUGAAGAUCUGGUUGGUGAGACAAUCGAGACGACAAGUCCCCUACCAGCCUUGAUUGCGCAAACUGGAAGUGUCAAUUUGACAAGACGCCAGUUGAACAUGCAAAUCGGCGAGUUGUUUAUCCUGAGAAUCAACAUCCAUCUUCAAGGAAGUGUACUCGACAGUCCUGAGUUGAUGUGGGCCGAACCACACUUGGAACCAAUCUACGCGGCAGUUAGAAGCUAUCUUGAGAUUGAACAACGAGUUGGUUUGUUGACAGAACGAUUAGAUGUCAUUGCAGAUCUUCUCGCUGUCCUCCGCGAACAAGGCAGCAGGAGACAUGGUGAGGUUUUGGAAUGGAUCGUCAUUGUCCUCAUCGCUGCAGAGAUUCUCGUUGCUUGCAUCAACAUUGUCGUUGAUCUUUACGCGGGUGUCGAUUAAGAGCAGCCGACAUGCAAAUCACGUCAACGUCAGCUGUGAAUCUCACCACCAGUGACACCACCCUCACCAAACAAGAAAGUGAUCCCGCGUAUCAUUCAACCGCGCCCCCGACCAAGGUCAGCCUCGUCACCUUCUUACACCGAGAAUAAGCUCCCGUCCUCCAUUCCUGUCUUUGUCUACUCGAGACAGUAAAUCACACUCUGUGACCAUUCUGUCACUCCGUUGUUUCAUACAUACAUACUGCCUGGACUUACACAUGUAAAUACACGUUGGCUAGCGUUGGCGUUUGGGGAGUCUUGAUCAUAUCCAUGAGAACGUUGACAUUGGACAAACAUGUUUCUCCUACCCUGCAUCCUUGUUGGAUCAUCGCCUUGUAUAUCUGGACAUAACCAGACUGAAGGCUGGCUGUGGAGUUGUGGUUGUCUUUUGUUGUUUGCACUUGGUUGAAGCCCAUCAAGACUUGCAUAGUAUAGCAAAGCAAAGCAAAGCAAAGCAAAGCAAAGCAAAGCAAAGCAAAGCAAAGCAAAGCAA